UCUGAAGUUAGAAAAGUAGUGACAGACUGGCUAAAUCAAACUUUACAAUGUCGUAGCCGUGAUUCAAAGCGUGGAAAGUAACGAUAUUUUAACGCAAGAGGUUGAUUUUGCAGAGGAAAUUUACAGAGAGUUUCGUCGCCAUAUGGACUGAUAUUGAGUUAUCUGCCUAGAGUAGCUGUAAAGCAUGUGAGCGUUAAUUUCUAAACCCAUUCUCUGCUUGAUUUAAAAGCGUUGCGUAAGUAAUAAGUUGGCACCGUGAAAAGUUAGCGGUUAACGUUAGCUCAACUUCAUCGUCACGUUAAGUUAGUAAGUCAGCUGGAACAAUUAAUCAUUGGUUAUAUUUUGACGAAACGUGUGCAGUGGUAACUCGCCUCGAUACGGUUAACUUUUUUCGGAGGCGGUUAUUUAGGUAAAGGCCUGAUUUGGUGAAUUUUAAUUAAGCUGGUUUGGUGUUUGUCUCUCAGCGGUUCUGGAAUAAAAGCCAGGCUCGCACGCUAAUCUGAACUCUGUAAGAAGAUGGAUAACAAGGAAGAAUCAAAGAGCUGUUCUGUCAGUGUCCUGACCUGGGAGCAGGUGAGCCGCCUGAAUGAAGUUCUGACUGAGGUUGUGCCUGUACAUGGACGGGGGAACUUCCCUACCUUAGAGGUGCGGCUGAAAGACAUUGUGGCACGUGUGCGCUCCCGUCUGGAGCUGAGUGGCAUCAGAGUGAAAGACAUACGGCUGAAUGGUUCCACGGCCAGCCAUGUACUGGUGCAGGAUCUUGGCUGGAGCUACAAGGAUCUGGAUGUCAUCUUCAGGGUGGACCUGCCUCACGAAGCAGAGUUCCGGCUCAGUAAAGAUGUGGUUCUGGGUACCCUGCUGGACUUUCUGCCUGAGGGUGUAAACAAAGAGAAAAUUACACCCAUGACUCUCAAAGAGGCUUACGUUCAGAAGCUGGUCAAGGUCAACACAGAGCAGGACCGCUGGAGCCUCAUCUCCCUCUCCAACAAUAACGGCCGCAAUGUAGAGCUGAAGUUUGUGGACUCAAUACGCCGACAGUUCGAAUUCAGCGUGGACUCCUUUCAGAUUGUGCUGGACUCCAUGCUUGCCUACUAUGAGCUGGCACAGACGCCCAUGUCACAGGCCUUUCACCCGACUGUGAGUGGGGAGAGCAUGUACGGUGAUUUCAGCGUGGCACUGAGCCACCUGCGGAACAAGCUCAUCGCCACCAAGCGGCCCGAGGAGAUCCGAGGUGGUGGCCUGCUGAAAUACUGCAAUCUGCUGGUGCGAGACUUUCAACCAUCCAGCGAGGAGGAAAUCAAGAGCCUGGAGAGGUACAUGUGUUCACGCUUCUUCAUUGACUUCCCUGACAUCGGUGAGCAGCAGCGCAAAGUGGAGGCCUACCUCCAGAGCCACUUCAUAGGUGAGGAGAAGAGCAAGUACGAAUACCUCAUGAUCCUCCGGCGAGUGGUCAACGAGAGCACGGUGUGCCUCAUGGGCCAUGAGCGACGGCAGACCCUCCACCUGAUCUCCCUGAUGGCCUUCCGAGUGCUGGCGGAGCAGAAUGCUAUCCCAGAUGCAUCCUGCGUCACCUGCUACUAUCAGCCAGCGCCUUAUGUCCGAGACCACAACUUCAGCAACUACUAUGUGGCUAACCAGAACAUUCCAACAUGGCUGCCAUGUAACUGACAAAACAACCAAGUUGUUGGAUGUACUAGAGGGCACUGCUGCUGCUGCUUUAGAGGAGAGAAGGAAAAAAAUUCUUCAAAAAAAUGAUUGAGGCAAUAAAUGCUAUGUUCCUCUCAAGGCACAAUUAUAUUUAAGUGGA